CAGGGGUGGGACCGGCGGGGCAAAGAUGGCGCUGAACAGGAACCACUCGCAGCAGGGCGGUGUCGUCAUCCCCAAUGCCGAGAGUGUCCUCAAACAGUGCAAAGAUGUGGAGCUCUCCUUCAGUGACGUGACGGGCAAGCCUGAAAUCUUCAAAGGCACCAAAAAAGGAAUGCUGUAUCUCACCCCCUACAGGAUGAUCUUUGUGACCAAGGGCAAGGAUCCCAUGCUGUCCUUCAUGAUGCCGUUCUAUUUGGUGAAAGGAUGCUCCAUCGAGCAGCCCGUUUUCUCUGCCAAUUACAUCAAGGGGCAGAUCCAGGCCGAGGCCGGAGGUGGCUGGGAAGGGCAGGGGACAUUUAAACUGACUUUCAACAGUGGAGGAGCCGUGGAGUUCGGACAGCUGAUGAUGAAAGCUGCUUCUAGUGCUUCCAGUGGGGUUCCUCUGCAGAGCCCUGGCUAUGGAUACGCCCCUGUUCCCGGAGGAUACGCCCCUGUUCCCGGGGGCUUCGCGGCCCCUCCGCCCCCGAACGGAGCCUACCCCUAUGCGCCGCCUCCAGGGAGCGCCUACGGACCGGCUCCGCAGCCCAUGGGCUACCCCUACGCCCAGAGCCCAGGUAUUUACCCACCACUUCCAAACAUGAACCCCGUGUACAUGCCACCUCCACCACCCUACUCUGGGGCACCUCCUGCAGAAUCCUCAGGCCCCUCAGCUCCCCCAGCCUGGGUGAGCCCAGGAAUGCCAGGAGGCAGUAAGGCCAUGGAAGCUGCUUCCAGUGCAUAUUACAACCCUGCCAACCCACACAACGUGUACAUGCCCAUGGAUCAGCCACCUCCUUAUGCACCUCCUGAGGACAAGAAGAACAACUAGCAGAAGGAAAUUGCAGCCAGCCUCCCACAUUCUCUCUCCCUGAAGACAACUUGGCUGUUAAUCCCCCUCAAGUUAGCAUAUCUCUAGAUCUCUGUUUCUCUGCAAUAGAUAUAGUGCUGGGCAGCUGAGCACCUGCCCUCAUUAAACAUUGAUCCAGUGGCAACACAAGGCAGGACAACAGCACUUUUCUACUUAGUUGCUUUAUCUCAUGGGGUCAGAGGACUAACCUUUUGCCCUGCCGUUGGCUUGAGGAGAGAGAUGGACUUAUUAAACUGUAUCACAUGACUAAUCUAGGACUAAAAUGUGAAGGCUCUGGGAUCUUGUUGGAGUGAAACAACUUGGAAUACCAAACUUUUGACUUCUGAAGCCCCAUCCAGGAGGGCUACCUUUGUGUAGAGAGCUAUGAGGUUCCCUGCACAGAUCCUCUGGUGCCCUAGAAAGGUGUUAAAAUGUCCUUAAAUUCAGUGUGAGAUGGGGCUUUGGACAUGCUGUAUUGUGUUGGAAGUGUGUGGCAUUCUGGAAUAACAAGGUCAUUACCUUGCAAAGUACAUUUGAAGAGAUGCUGAAGCAUUUGCUACAAAAGAGGGAAGGGGAUGGGUCCCAAUCAACCUGUCUUUGUAGCCAUUGAAUAGAGGAGCAAACAAAGGUGUGCCUCAGGGCAGUGAGCUCAUAGACUGGCAGGCCUGAGGAUCAGUCUGUCUUUUCCCUCUCCAAGCAGGUCCCAUAUCUGUGCAAGGAUCCUGUGUCAAGCAGCCUAAUGGAGUCAAGUGCUGCACAGGAGGCUGCCUGCCUUGGAGCAAAGUAUGUUACAUUAGGCAGAUGACCUGGCAGUAGCCUUGUCAGGAGACAAGUCCUGCAGCCCUGGCUCCCUCUGCUGAGCAAACUUGUGCUGAGUGCUACCUCCACAGGGGAAAACUGGCCUUCAUCUUUUCCUUCAGCUGCUGGAGCCAGGCUGUGUGUGCCCACACCUGAGCAGUGUGGGCAGGUGGGCACUGUAAUGCCACAGCUGGUUGCUCACAGGUGCAGUGCCCUCGGCUGGGAGCUGCUGUCUGGGUGGGAGUUUCCAGUGCUUGGCUCUCUUGCAGAGACUCUGGCUGCUCAGCCACAACCUCUCCUUUUUCUUUAGGACAUAGUGAAGUUAAACCUGCUCUGAAGAGAGUCUAUAGUCUGGUGGAGACCCUUGUGAUCCUUUACCUUUAUCCUAAUAGGGUGACUGUACUUCUUCCUACAGCCCCCCUACCUUCACAAGGAGGGGAAAGGAGUGUUUUCCCUCUUACUUCCCUGUAUGGCAGGGCCCACCUGCAAGUCAGGUUUGCACAACUUAAAAGAAUUAAUUCUUAAAGCAGUUCCACAUGGGGGGAAGUAAGUUUCCUCAUCUAUAAACACUUUUUCUGACUUAGAGAUAUUCUAACAACUCUGUAUUUAAAAAAAAAAAUCAACCAUGAAUGUUUGUAACUUUUUCAAUUGCACUUUAAUACAGGAGUGUUGAUACCUUUAUCUG